AUGACCUGCGCGCCACCUCUCUCCUUCGCGUCCUCCUUCCUCCCGACCCUAUAUAAACCCACGCACCACGCCGCCCACUUGCACACUCGCAUCUUCUCAUCCCCACAGCUCCCUCGCCACCCCACCCCGUCCCGCAUCCUCACCGCCUCCGCCCGCACCUCACCCUCACCCUCCGCCUCCCCCGACCAACCUCUCAACAUGCCCACCGACGCCGCAGGCCCCCUGGCCACCGAACUCGCUGCCUUCGAGCAAUCGUUCCGCUCCAAGACCCCGCCCGAGAUGAUCAGCGCCAUCGACGCCUCGUCCGCCGCGCUCGCGGCCCGCUUCACCCCGACCCCGCCGUCGCUGGGCACCAAGGUCGAGUCGUUCUCGCUGCCCAACGCCAAGGGCGAGACCGUGUCGCUCGACUCGCUGCUCAGCAGCAGCACCGCCGUCGUCCUGACCUACUACCGCGGUAGCUGGUGCCCGUACUGCAACCUUGCCCUGAGGGCCCUCGCCAAGUCCGUCGAUGAGAUCAAGGCCCUCGGCGCUACCCUGGUCGCUCUCAGCCCGGAGACGCCCGACGAGAGUCUCACCACCAAGGAGAAGAACGAGAUCCCGUACGAGGUCCUCUCCGAUGAGGGGCUUGUCGUCGCAGGCAAGUUGGGCGUCGCGUUCACCGUCGGUGAUGACGUCAAGGAGAUCUAUGGCGGCUUUGGAAUCCACCUCGAUGAGAUGAACGGGAACAAGGGCGUCAGGAAGGCCAUGCUUCCGGCUCCGGCUACCAUUGUUCUCGACAAGGAAGGCAAGGUCAUCUAUACGUUUGCUGAUGUCAAUUACAGCAAGCGCGCGGAGCCUGCGGAUAUCAUUGCGGCGAUCAAGAAGAUCAAGGCGUAAUCUCUCGUAGGAAACAGGCCAUGGUUGAAAUAUCAUGUGGAAAUGAGCCAGACGCUCGUGACCAUGUCAGACUGGGGGUGUUUUGUUGCUUUUUCGUAAGAUCGUGAAGGAUCAUCAGUGCAUAGUUUUGACGCAAUGCCAAGGUAGUUUGGGUCGUCAUGUCGACAUCGCGCCAGCGUAUCAAGCUUUCGGUCUUACUAGUCCGUUUUCAGAAAUAAACAGUGUGUCGCUGCGAUGAGUGUCAAGUGCUUGCGGCUCAGUCGCUCUUCGAAAAGUAGACUGGAGAAAGUCCAGUUGUGACCCCUCUUCUUGACGACGAAGCAAUCUGUUUCGAUUCAUGGUGCCCAGAUCGGACGUAAAGAAAUAUAGACACCA